GGGAGACGUCACCAAUUUGGCGCUCUCUCUCUCUCUCUCUCUCUCUCUCUCUCUCAAUUUUCUCUCAAGAACACCUUUGUAAAUCACCCAUUUUGCAAAAUACAACCGUCCGAUCGUCGAUCCGACCACGUUUUCACCGUGAAAGUGGCCCCGAUCUACAAGUAGAUAUUUGACAAAAUGUCCGGCCAAAGCCAGCGAUUGAAUGUUGUUCCAACUGUUACAAUGCUUGGAAUUAUGAAAGCUCGCCUUGUUGGUGCCACAAGAGGCCAUGCCCUUCUCAAGAAGAAGAGCGAUGCUUUGACUGUGCAGUUCCGUCAGAUUCUCAAGAAAAUUGUCUCAACAAAAGAAUCAAUGGGAGAAAUCAUGAAAACAUCCUCUUUUUCCCUAACAGAAGCCAAAUAUGUUGCUGGCGAUAACAUCAAGCAUGUUGUCCUCGAGAAUGUCGAGAGUGCAGCUCUUAAAGUUCGAUCCCGCCAAGAGAAUGUUGCAGGUGUAAAGCUCCCCAAGUUCGAGUACUUCACAGAUGGUGAAACAAAGAACAAUCUGACUGGGCUGGCAAGAGGUGGCCAACAGGUGCAAGCUUGUCGUGCUGCCUAUGUUAAAGCCAUUGAGGUUCUUGUUGAGCUUGCUUCUCUCCAAACAUCAUUCUUGACCCUUGAUGAAGCAAUCAAAACCACAAAUCGCAGGGUCAACGCCCUGGAGAACGUAGUGAAGCCAAGGUUAGAGAAUACAAUAUCUUACAUCAAGGGGGAAUUGGAUGAACUGGAAAGGGAGGAUUUCUUCAGGCUGAAGAAGAUACAAGGUUACAAGAAGAGGGAGAUUGAGAGACAGCUUGCAGCUGCCAAGCAGUUUGCAGAGGAACAGUUUGCAGAGAGAAUUUCUUUGCAAAAGGGGAUUUCAGUCAGUUCUGCCCAUAACUUGUUAUCUGCUGCCAUGCACAAAGAUGAGGACAUAAUUUUUUGAUUCUGGAUGGACGGUUAAUUUAAUUUUUUGAUUCUUAGAAGGAGAAGAAGAUAUAUAUAUAGAGAGAGAGAUAUUGUGCCAUGCCUGGGAUUGAAUUAUGUAUUUUUCUUAUUCAUUGUACCAAUAAUGGAUGAGCAGAGUUUCAUCUUGUGGCUGGACUCUGGAUGGUCAACAGCAUUUGAGUUUGUUAACAAACAGAUGACGCGAAGUUUGAUUUUACAGCUGUAUCUUUCAGUUAGAUAAUAAUACUACUGUGACUUGAGUGAA